UUUCCCUCCCUGCUCUUCCAGUCUUGUUGACUCUUGAGUCUUCCACCUUCCUCCUCCCGUCUCGUCUCCAACGGUGUGCUUCUUCCUCCGGACGCCUCGCUCGUCCGACCGCUUUACCUCCCUCCUCCGGCGAGCUCCCUCCGCUGUUCCUGGUGUGUCUACGCGCCAGCUCCUCCUCUUGUCGAUUUUGGGCGCGCUCCCCUCCGCCGCCGGGCUGUGCUGCGCGGACGCGGUUCGUGGAUUCGGCAGAAGGAUCUGCACCGUCCUCGCCGCCGAUAUGCAGGAGCACUAGCAAAGCGGCUUCGCCAUCCCUCCGGAGUCCGGAGCAGCCAGGUAAGCUCAUCAAUCGUUCCUCCUUAGAUACAUUCCCAUUAUAUAUCAUGUGCCGAGUGCCCUCCAAGAUGGUUUACUACAGUAAUAUAGUUGUGCAUCAAUUCUAAAACAGAGUUGAUACCUUUUUUCCAUCUUCAAGGUUCUGCUCUCUCAUGCCGCAGUUUUACAACGUUGAAGGCUUAAAAAUUCUACAGAACUAGAUGAUACUUGCAUAAUGCAGCCCUCAGAUAUUUGGAAGGCGCAUGCUGGUUCAUCACAGUCAGAGGCUUCGGGUCUGGAUAUGGAGAGGAACGGAUGCAAUCAUAAUUGCUGUCCAUCUCCUCUCCAGCCAAUUGCUUCAGCUGGUCAGCACUCUGAAAGCAGCGCUGCAUACUUUUCUUGGCCUACAUCUACUCUAAUGCACGGCUCAGCUGAAGGCCGUGCUAAUUACUUUGGGAAUCUACAGAAGGGUGUACUACCAGGACAUCUUGGUCGCUUGCCAAAUGGCCAGCAAGCCACCACCUUACUUGAUUUAAUGAUUAUAAGAGCAUUCCACAGCAAGAUUCUCCGCCGGUUUAGUCUUGGUACAGCAAUAGGCUUUAGAAUCAGGAAAGGAACAUUGACUGACACACCUGCCAUCCUUGUGUUUGUUGCUCGAAAGGUUCACAGGAAGUGGCUCAGCCCUACUCAAUGUCUUCCAGGUGCCCUUGAGGGACCUGGGGGUGUGUGGUGUGAUGUUGAUGUUGUUGAAUUUUCUUAUUAUGGUGCACCAGCCCCAACACCGAAGGAACAACUUUAUGAUGAGCUUGUUGAUGGAUUGCGUGGUAGCGACCCUAGUAUAGGCUCAGGUUCACAGGUGGCUAGUCUUGAGACCUAUGGGACUUUGGGUGCCAUUGUGAAGAGUCGAACUGGCAACAAGCAAGUUGGGUUCCUUACAAACAGGCAUGUUGCGGUUGAUCUGGAUUAUCCCAACCAGAAGAUGUUCCAUCCGUUGCCUCCUAAUCUUGGACCUGGAGUUUACCUAGGUGCUGUUGAGAGAGCAACAUCAUUUAUAACAGAUGAUGUUUGGUACGGGAUAUAUGCAGGAACAAACCCAGAAACUUUUGUCCGAGCUGAUGGUGCAUUUAUACCGUUUGCUGAUGACUUUGAAAUUGCUAGUGUCAGCACCUCCGUUAAAGGAGUUGGAGUCAUUGGUAAUGUAAAGGCAAUUGACUUGCAAUCCCCAAUUGGCAGUCUCAUUGGGAGACAAGUUGUCAAAGUUGGAAGAAGUUCUGGUAUGACAACUGGGACUGUUGUCGCAUACGCACUUGAGUACAAUGAUGAGAAGGGAAUAUGUUUCUUCACUGACUUUCUUGUCGUUGGGGAGAACCAACAAACAUUUGAUCUUGAAGGGGACAGUGGAAGCCUCAUAAUCUUAACAGGACAAGACGGUGAGAAGCCGCAACCUAUAGGAAUUAUAUGGGGUGGUACAGCUAACCGGGGAAGGUUGAAACUUAAAAGUGGCCAGGGUCCGGAGAACUGGACAAGUGGAGUUGAUCUUGGCCGCCUUCUUGAUCUCUUGGAGCUAGAUCUGAUCACAACAAGUGAAGGGCUACAAGCUGCCUUGGAAGAACAAAGGAUUACUCUAGCUGCCGCUGCGGCUGCAGCCACUAAUUCAACUGCCACAGAAUCGUCACCUGUUGCUGGCCCUCAAGAGGAUGAUAAAAUCGACAAAAUCUAUGAGCCUCUCGGCAUUAACAUCAUUCCUCGAGACGGUUCUGCCAUAUCAACGGACCAACCCAACGAGGAUGUGGAAGAGCUAAACCUGAUGUCUCCAAUGCGCAAUGGUGAAGAAGGCAACGGUGACUUCAAUAACUUGAUGGACUUGGAAUCGGAAAAUUCACCUGAUGGUAUUUCUAUUGCUCUGAACCUGGGAGAGCGGGAGCCAGAAAGACUCCGCUCUGUUUCUGAUUCGAUGCUGGACAUAGACUUGCAGAAAUGAGGCUGCCCGCUGCUAUGCUGCAGACGUAUUGCAGGAGGCUCCGUAUCAUUCAGCUUUUUUUAUCGAUCAUUGCAGGUAUGGCCACAAAGGAAAUAAUCUGUUUCUAGGCGACUGGACCGGUUGUUCUGCUUGAAACCCGGUCUGGGUUAAGCUGUGAAGCUCCUGCAGCCGCUUGCUCCUGCAGUUUUGCGUCAAGUGUCUACCAACUCUAGCAUAUGUAGUGCUGCGUAAGAUGUCGGCACCUCAGAUAGACAGAGGCGCCAUAUUUCUUGCUCAUGUAAUGUUAUUUGUUGUAUGCUCGUUUGUAUGUACUGCAUGAAGCAUUGUAAAAUUGAGCAACAGCAACCAGAGCUCGAGAAUCUUAGGCGCAACCAACCAACCCCGUAUCGAUGAAUUGACAAUAAAGCUGAAUAUUUUAGGUGUUUAGAAAGUAUUUUCUCUUAGAUUUUUGGGGAGAUUAGGAUACAAACUCUCUGAUUCAAGCAGCCCCUAGGUGUUGUCCUGACCUGCUUGAUCAAACGACCUGCUGGCUAAAGUUUGGACAGAGUA